AUAGCCUGUGUCAAGGUAACUUAAAAGAAAACAACCAAAAUGGCACAAUCCGCUUCGAAGUCCUGCGACAUCUGUAUGAGCGGACCAGGACAUAACUAUUGUGAACAAUGUGAUCAAUGGAUGUGUGAAAACUGUAAAACUUUACAUUUAAGGUCAAAAAUAAGUAGAAAUCAUACCUUUCUUAGUGGGUCAAAUAUCAAUCCGGAAGACAAAUCGUUUUGCAAAGAACACGACGAAAACUUCAUAUUUUACUGCAUUGAUUGUGACAUGCCAAUAUGCAAAAUUUGCACCGUCAAAACACAUAAAAAGCAUGAUAUGUCUGAAAUCAACGAAUCGACACAGGAAUUACAGGCUGAAGUGAAAAAGAUAAUUGACUCGAAGAUUAAAUCUAUCACAACAAAUCUAAAUAAAAUUGAACAAGGCACAGAAAUGUACAAGAGCGACAUAAAAGAGACUAUUCGUGUUAUUACAGAAGAUGGGAAACAGAUGAAGCGGUGGAUUGACAAGAAAGUACAAGACCUCAUUACAUCAUUGAUAGAAAAGGAGACUGCAAACCUGAAGGUCUUUCAGUCAAUUAGAACUGGGUUUCAAAAUUAUUUAGAAAAGUUCCAGAAAUGUCAGACUGCCUUUACCGAGAGUCAAAAAGUUGUCGAUGCUAGCAAACUUCUGACACAAUUGAAAACUAUUAAAUCCGACUUAGAUGUUGAAGGUGAAACGCAGCUACCGGUCAUGCCGACUACGAAAUAUAACAAAAAGAAUGUAUCAGAACGAGAAAUAUUCAAUCUAUUUGGAGAUGUUUCGUUCCAAGAAAUAGUUAAAUGUGUAAGGCAAACUCCAAAGAAAGUGACCAGAGAACAGUCAACAAAAACACUGUACAUAUACGAAUGCAGCAAUUGUAGGAAAGUAAAUCUUUCUGAAGAAACACCUAAAGUGUGA